GUGGUUCCUUCUGUAUCCCUAGCUAGUCAUUUCUUUUGCAACAUACCAAAAUGAUCUUCAUUAGCCAACAACAAUUGAUGAGAUUUCUCAACUCGUUCAACCCCGUGAUGCUUAUUCACAUCUUCUCCAAGUUCAUAAUCUCUGCAAGCUAUCGCAUUCUUUCUCGUAUGGGAGUGGCACUUGUCUUAGUCUUGGACGUCGCCUACAAAUUGGUAGACCUCGUUGUAGUGCGUGAUAUCAUCACAUACUUCACCGACGAAAUGGAAUUUUAUAUCAUGGAAGCUGCAAUAUUGACGAACAUUCAGGAAGGACUAUCAGGGUGUCUGAGAAUUGUUGCGGUUUACAUUUCAGAAUCCCGCCUAGGUCAUACAAAAGUCAUCAUCUUGUCAACUAUUUCCUUUACUUUGGGAUUGGGUCUGUUAUAUAAAUCGACAGCCGUGAUAAUUGGAAUAGUACUAUUAGCAGUGGGUAAAGCUGGAUUGGAGGCACUGUUAGAACCAGUGCUUUCUCAUCAAUUAAAAGUUGACGAACCGAAAACAAACUCUAAUGAGAGUCGAGUGAGGACUCGAAAAAGUGUGUGGAUCAAAAGGGUUUGGAAUAGGAAGUGGUGGCUUGUUACUACGUUUUCUCCUGCAGUAGUUGCAUUCUUAUUAACAUUCUUUUAUGAAUGGCAAUGGCAAAAAAAUUUAUUGAUUGCAACAUCGUUGAUGGGAAGCGCUUGCUUCUUGUUCUGGUGCGGUAUUUGUAUCUACCAUCGUAGAGAAUUGGCUGGUGUUGGCAGCGGUUUUAGUGUAAUUUUCCGUGUCAUCAAAGCCUUCAUAUUGCCAAGGAUCCUUGGACAUCCUACUUCUUCCAAUCAACAUGUCAAUAAUGAUAAUGAUGAAGAUAAAUUUCAUUUGUCACCGAAAAUCAAUUGGCUCAGAGGGCUAGACACAGUUGCCAUUAUAGAAUCCUCCACUCAAAGUCAAGAAGAACAGAAAAACUUUGGCAGGAUUUUCCCAGCGUCAGAAGUUCAGUUAGUAAAGCAUUUUUUAAGUAUUAUUCCCAUGUGGACUACCAUUCUUGUCGUUGGUUUGGUACUAUCAACAGGCAACACCUUUUUUCCCAAGCAGGGAAAUGACAUGAAGUAUUUAGAUCAAUUUUCUAAAACAGCUAUACAAGCUGGAAUUUGGGGUGGAAUUGUUUCAUCUAUACUUUGCUCUUCCGUUGGAUGGCAGGUUGAGCAUCGCAGGUUGACAAUAAUUGGAUUAUCAGACACUGAUCCUGAUUAUGGUAAUAAAACUAUACCCAUGAGUAUAUUCUGGCUUUCUCCUCAGUUCUUUUUGUUAGGUCUCACAGAAGGGUUUAUUGUGACUGGACUCGAUGAAUUCACCGUUGAUCAGUUUCAAGAUCCUUGGAAGGAGUAUGUAUCCGAAAUUAAUGAGUUUGUUAUUGGACUUGGAAAUUUCCUUAGCAUACUUUUUUUUCAAGCAAACAAAAGCUUGUUUAGAGACACCUUGAACGAUAGUCGGCUGGACAUGUACUACCACCGGAUAACCAUUGUUAGUUAUGUCAAUAUGCUUUUCUUUUUUUUCAUUAUAUACAUCUUCUACGGAUCCAGGUACCAAAAUAUAAGUGGCGAAACCUCACGUUGGUUGAAACGGCGAGAAGAACAGCGCAAAUUUUCUAAAAAAGUAGAAGGUUUAAUUUCAUCUCUCCCCUCCAAGAGAUGUGAAAGUAUCCAACACCAAAAUAGUCAUUGGCAACUAUUAAAAACACCCACAAUAAGACGCCGUUUACUGAAGGAGUCCACUGAAUAGCAUAGCAGUAAUCAUUGUUUUUAUAUUGUUUCACUAGGGCAUUGGGAUAUGGUUAUUUGUAAAUUGUUUAUUAAAAUUAUAUC